ACAUUCAGUUCAAUCGUUGUUUGUGUAAUAUUAUUUUUAGUUAUAAAUAUAAUAGUUUAAAGUUCUUUUAAAAUUUUCUUUGUGUUCCAUCGAUUAUAAGGUUUGAUGUUACCACUUAACAACGAACAAACACAUGUUUACAUCGUCAUCAAGUGAUUGUUCAAGAACUGUGCCUAUAUAUUUUAUCAUAAUUUAAGUGGUAUAUAUUUCUCGGAAUUACAAUGUUGCGUAGAUAGUUUGGUUGUGUACCGCGUGUGAAAUGUCACAACAUGGAUACCCGGAGAGACUGUCCAAUAGAUCAAAAGGUUUCCAAGAGGAUGGUCCAAGUCAGCCCACUAUGGAAGUAUUGGUGGAGACCCUUACAGGAACGGCUUUUGAAAUGACAGUGUCUCCUUCUGACACAAUAUUUGCUAUAAAAUCGAAGAUAUUUCGGGUGGAAGGAAUUCCAGUAUCCCAGCAGCACUUGGUGUACAACUUACGGGAGUUGGCUGAUGGGGCAUCAUUACGUGACCAUGGGGUGGCUGCGGGCGCUCGCCUGCGCCUCGUGCUGGCGCUCCGUGGCGGACCAGUCACCACGCGUAGGCCUCCGCCCCCCGAAAUACCUCCACCGGACAGAGAUGACAUAGAGUGGAGCGGUGAAGGCGGCAGUGGGGGUGGGGGGGAAUGCAAGGUGGCAGUGUUGGUGUUCCGUGAUGGCGAGCGAGUCAACAUGGUACGCAUGCGCGAGAACAGGGACGGCACCUUCUCUCCCCUGGACCAUGCUAAGUAUUCAUCGUCCCUGUCUCACCUGGUGGAGCACGAGGACGAUGAAUGUGUAUCUGGUGCUCUGCCGGAGAACGCGGUGACGAUGGGCAAGAUGCUGGACCUCCGCCGCAGGAUGGAGUCCCUCUCCCUGCACAGGAGGCGCAACCCUCACAGAUCAGGUGAUCAAGUGGAUAUACAAAAGACGAGAAGUGAGGAAACACUUUCGGUGUCGAGUUUAUUAGAGGACACUCAUUGUGAGACUUAUCUCACACGUAGCGGCUACGACUGCUACAAGCGCUACGACUGCGACUGCGCCUACGCAGACCGCUACACGCUACUGCCUCCGAUCGGACACGCACACUCCAACCACUCCCUCAAUGACACACUCGCUGACACUGACAGAUUUAAAUUACCCGAAACUCUGGCGGGAUCAAUAUUGGUGAAGGGUCGUGAGGCGGAUGAAGAGGCCGCCAUAUUGGAAGAAGGCACGGAAGGUGAUGAAUGUCGUCGUGAUACAAACUACGCGCCCACCUCCACACUCGCGCCUUUACCUGCGCCUAAAUACGGUGCACUUGUGGGCGGUGAAGUGCGCAGCUGGAGGCGGGGCUUCGGGUCCAGCUCUCAGCUGGCGGGCGGAGCUGCCGCCGCGGCCGAUGUCUGCGCAGGACUUCGCCCCCCGCCUCCACACAGAGCACCUCCACUCUCCGCCUCCACAUCCGACCUGGAGACACUAACAAGGAAUAGAAUAUUACCAGCUUUGAGUCGACAUCGCAAUCGUGAGCAUUUACAUCUGAGCGAUGAUCGUCUGGAACUUUCGCCGCACGUUUCACCGCAACCGCAACCGCAGCCGCAGUGUCAACCGCAACCGCAACCGCGACGUUUGCGGUGCGCCCUUUGCCGUCGGAGACUCGGCGCUGCGACGGAACACCGCUGCCGUUGCGGUGGAGCAUACUGUGCACCACAUCGCUACGCUGAGGUACACGGCUGUAACUAUGACUAUAAAACACUCAGCCCUCACCACAACUGAUACCACCCCCCCCCCACCACCAUCCCCACUACACGCAUACUAUCCACACUCAGAGACGUUACACAUAAAUUAGGCUUUAAGAUAUCUGAGUGUGA